CCUCUCUCAAGAUGACUUCACCCUCCAGCCCUCCAGCUUUUAGGCUGGAGACAUCAGACGGAGACCAAGAAAGCAGUGCCGAGGUGAACCAAGGGAAACAUGAGCCGCCCCCCAUGGAAUCACCUUUCCAGGGCGAGGACCGGAAUUUCUCCCCUCAGAUCAAAGUGAAUCUCAACUACAGGAAGGGACUAGGUCCCAGCCAGCAGGACCCAAACCGAUUUGACCGUGACCGACUCUUCAGUGUGGUCUCCCGGGGUGUCCCAGAGGAGCUGGCUGGACUGCCAGAAUACCUAAGCCGGACCAGCAAGUACCUCACGGAUUCAGCAUACACAGAGGGCUCCACUGGAAAGACGUGCCUGAUGAAGGCUGUGCUGAACCUCCAGGACGGGGCCAACGCCUGCAUCCUGCCGCUGCUGCGGAUCGACAGGGAGUCUGGCAAUCCUCAGCCCCUCGUCAACGCCCAGUGCAUCGACGACUUCUACCGAGGCCAUAGCGCACUGCAUAUUGCCAUAGAAAAGCGGAGCCUGAACUGCGUCAAACUGCUGGUAGAGAACGGAGCCAAUGUUCACAUCCGGGCCUGUGGCCGCUUCUUCCAAAAGCACCAAGGAACUUGCUUCUAUUUUGGCGAGCUACCUCUUUCUCUGGCUGCAUGCACCAAGCAGUGGGAUGUGGUGACCUACCUCCUGGAGAACCCACACCAGCCUGCCAGCCUGGAGGCCACCGACUCCCUGGGCAACACCGUCCUGCACGCUCUGGUAAUGAUUGCGGAUAACUCGCCUGAGAACAGUGCUCUGGUAACCCACAUGUACGAUGGGCUUCUCCAAGUGGGGGCCCGCCUCUGCCCCAAAGUGCAGCUGGAGGAAAUAUGCAACCAUCAAGGCCUCACACCCCUGAAGCUAGCUGCCAAGGAAGGCAAAAUUGAGAUUUUCAGGCACAUCCUGCAGCGGGAAUUCUCAGGACAGUACCAGCCCCUUUCUCGAAAGUUCACCGAGUGGUGCUACGGUCCUGUCCGGGUAUCACUGUACGACCUGUCCUCUGUGGACAGCUGGGAGAAGAACUCAGUGCUGGAAAUCAUCGCCUUUCAUUGCAAGAGCCUGCAUCGGCACCGCAUGGUGGUCUUAGAGCCACUGAACAAGCUUCUGCAGGAGAAAUGGGAUCGGCUCAUCCCGAGGUUCUUCUUCAACUUCGCCUGUUACUUGGUCUACAUGAUCGUCUUCACCAUAGUUGCCUACUACCAGCCUUCCCUGGAGAAGCCAGCCAUACCCUCAUCAAAAGCGACUUUUGGGGAAUCCAUGCUGCUGCUGGGCCACAUCCUGAUUCUGCUUGGGGGCAUUUACCUCCUGUUGGGCCAGCUGUGGUACUUCUGGCGCCGUCGCCUGUUCAUCUGGAUGUCAUUCAUGGACAGCUACUUUGAAAUCCUCUUCCUUCUCCAGGCUCUACUCAUAGUGCUGUCCCAGGUGCUGCGUUUCAUAGAGACUGAGUGGUACCUGCCCCUGCUCGUGUCAUCCCUGGUGUUGGGCUGGCUGAACCUGCUUUACUAUACACGUGGCUUUCAGCACACAGGCAUCUAUAGUGUCAUGAUCCAGAAGGUCAUUCUGCGAGACCUGCUCCGUUUCCUGCUGGUCUACUUAGUCUUCCUUUUCGGCUUUGCUGUAGCCCUAGUGAGCUUGAGCCAGAAGGCCGGAAGUUCCAAAGCCUCUGAAGUUGACAAUGCCACGGUGACAGAAAGUCCCGUGCUGGGCCAGGAGGAGGAAGAAGUCCCAUAUGAGGGCAUUGUGGAUGCCUCGCUAGAGCUCUUCAAGUUCACCAUCGGCAUGGGGGAGCUGGCCUUCCAGGAAAAGCUGCGCUUCCGCGGGGUGGUGCUGCUGCUACUGUUGGCCUACAUCCUUCUCACCUACGUCCUGCUGCUCAACAUGCUCAUUGCCCUCAUGAGCGAGACUGUCAACAGCGUUGCCACUGACAGCUGGAGCAUCUGGAAGCUGCAGGGUGGAGGAAGUGAACUGGGAUGCAUGGGAGAAAACGCUUCCCACUAUAUCUGA